AUGUCCCUGCGAGCAGACGCAGCCCAGUGUGGAGGGGUGGUGGUGGAGUUUGAGUCUGAUGACAUCAAGGAGGCUCGGGCCAGGAAGGCCAGGAGUAGAUCAGGGUCAGCCCUCAUCUACCUCAGGGGCCCUAAAUUCCUGAUCUACGUCAGUGGGGCACUGUCCAUGUGGGGUGACCGUAUGUGGCACUUUGCCAUUUCGGUGUUCCUGAUCGAGCUGUAUGGACGUAACCUGCUGCUGACCGCAAUAUUUGGCUUGGUGGUGGCGGGGUCAGUGCUGCUGCUAGGGGCUUUGAUUGGGGACUGGGUUGACCGCAACCCCAGGAACAAAGUGGCACAUGCAUCGUUGUUGGUUCAGAACAUUUCAGUGACGGUGUGUAGCAUUGUGCUGAUGUUGGUCUUCUUAUAUAAACAGUGGAUUGAGAGCAUUUGGGAUGGCUGGUUAACUGUGGUUUGUUAUACGGUGGUGAUCGUCCUGGCAGAUGUGGCUAACCUAGCAAGCACAGCGCUGACCAUCGCCAUCCAGAGGGACUGGAUUGUGGUUAUCACUGGAUACAACCGGGGUCACCUCGCCGGGAUGAAUGCUACCAUGCGGCGCAUCGAUCAGGUGACCAACAUCCUGGCACCGCUGGCGGUGGGACAAGUCAUGACCCUGGCCUCCAACGUGAUCGGCUGCGGCUUCAUCCUGGGCUGGAACCUGGUGUCCCUCAUAGUGGAGUUUAUCUUCCUGUCCCGGGUCUACCGCAUUGUCCCGGCGCUGUCCGUCAAACCACCCGCGCCCGAGGACGGCCAGGCCUCCCUGGAGAGACCAACAGAGGGGACGGAGGGACUGGUGGAGAGGAGGGGGUCACAAGUAGAGCAAAGUGAGGUGGUGACAUCAGCCCCGGGCCUCAGUGAUGACGACAUGAGCCUGAACCUCAAGGAGAUCACCAACCUGCCUCUGUGUUUCGGACGCUUCCGCUGGCUGCUGAGCACCUGUAAGGAUGGCUGGAGGGCCUACUACCGCCAGGAUGUCUUCCUGGCUGGGAUGGGCCUGGCCUUCCUCUACACAACUGUCCUGGGCUUCGACUGCAUCACCACGGGCUACGCCUACACCCAGGGCAUCAGUGGCUCCCUGCUCAGUCUGCUGAUGGGGGUCUCGGCUAUAACAGGCCUCAUGGGCACCGUCAUGUUCACCAAGCUGAGGAAGGCCUACGGUUUAGUCAACACAGGCAUCAUCUCCAGCUGCCUCCAUCUUUGCUGUCUGCUGCUGUGUGUGUGUUCUGUGUUCGCCCCCGGCAGCCCCAUGGACCUCCGCCUGCUCAUGCCCUUCCUGGACGCCAAUGCCAACUCGACGUUGGCGGCGGCCGGGGGGAUGGUGGAGGGCCAGAGGCAGAAGCACACCUACCCGAUGCGGGGUGGCAUUAAUCAGCCGCUGCUGCCCGACCGCUCGUCCAUCCACUGGACCAACAACACGGUGCUGUUUGAGAAUAUGCCAUCAGGCAUGGAGCCAGACUCCUACAUCUCUAUAAUCCUGCUGUUCUUGGGGGUCAUCACAGCACGCAUCGGUCUGUGGUCCUUUGACCUGACCGUGACCCAGCUGCUUCAGGAGAACAUCUGUGAGUCAGAACGUGGUGUGGUCAACGGGGUCCAGAGCUCCAUGAACUACCUGAUGGACCUUCUCCACUUCAUCAUGGUCAUCUCUGCUCCGCAGCCCCAGCACUUUGGCAUCCUGGUCAUCAUCUCUGUACUGUUCAUCACCACGGGACACACCAUGUACUUCCUAUACGCACGCAAAGCCAAGAGAAAACCUGCUGGACGCCUGGACACGUAGGGAGGCCGUGCGGCUUUCUGCGACAAAGCAUGAGCCCAAAGACUCCACUCUGCCUGUGCCUGCCCGUGAAAUGAAUGUCUCUUCUCUCUUGUUCCCUCUGCGCUCUCAUUGCUAGGCAACAAUACAAUACCGUAACACUCCUUCCCCCCCAUCCAGCCAUUCAUUCAUUUCAGCACAGCACAGCAAGUGUCUGUCGUGUCCUCCCCAACCUGGUUGCUAUCUCCCUGCAUGGUCAGGUGUAGUAUGGCCAAGUGCUAAGGUACAGUAACAAACUAGAACUCAGGUUAACUAGAGUAGGAUCCAUCUUUUCCCUUCUGUACAUAGGUUGAGGUGGUCGCAACAGAUGCGGUGUUGGUCCCCUGCCGUGGUAGGUUCUCACCCCAGUGUUGGUCUCCCACCGUGGUAGGUUCUCUCCCCAGUGUUGGUCCCCCACCGUGGUAGGUUCUCACCCCAGUGUUGGUCCCCCACCGUGGUAGGUUCUCACCCCAGUGUUGGUCCCCCACCGUGGUAGGUUCUCACCCCAGUGUUGGUCCCCCACCGUGGUAGGUUCUCCCACCUCAGGAAAAGGGCACAGAGGGCAGGCUGAGGCAGCAGCAGCAGCAGCAGAACACGCUUUUCCAGCAAUUUUAGAUUACUGCAAGAGCUCUGUUAUGGCAGUCUGUUAACCUACUCAGAGUUUGGAUGGGAGUUGGAUGGAUGGAUUGAUGUAUUUUUCUAACCUUCACACAGUAAAGAACUGGGCAUGGUGAAGCAGGUGACAGUAACAAAAAGAAGAAGAAAUGAGAUUUAACAACUUUAACAAGUGGCAAACAUGUUACUGCUCCGUCCACUUGGAAAUAAUCCAGGAAGUCCAAAAGGAAAAGUAAAGGGAAGUUGGUGUCAGAUUGUGAGAUACUGAAGAUUAUAAAGGAGCCCCCCUUGAUGGACCGAAGAGGAAGGCUGUAGUGUCAUCUUCUCCUGGUCUGUUUCUCUGUGGAUGAAUCAGGCAGACGUGUGCCUAGCUUUCAAAUCAAUCACUAAGACACAUUUCAGUGCCUAUUGAUUAACACAUUAUAUCAGUAAAAAAAUAUAUCAUUUAAACCGGAUCGCAGGAACGUAUCAUAAGAACAUAAAGAUAGUAAGAAAAGAAAAACAUGCAUUGAAAUGAGAGGAAACCAAAAUGACCAUGAUCGCUUGUGUACUUAGAUAACUGAAAAUAGCUUCCAAAUUGUAAAUGCUUUUCCAUCACAUAGAAACAGAGUGAUAUUAAUGCAGUUUGACAAAUUUAUAGCAAACAGAUUUUGACCUCCUCUUUCAUUUUGUGACCUGUUUUGAGAUCAGUGUUUAGUAGAUUGAUAGGUCUAUAUGAUUCUGGAUUAAGGCAGUGUUGUAUUACACCAGAACACCUACGUAUCCUGUUUCAUUGUUGUUCUCAUGAACUAAAACCUUACCUCAGUACAGUACAAGAAAACCCUGUUUGAAAAACUGACUUGGACAUGUCUCAGCUAUGUACGGCCAUCUCCUUUCUGUAGUGGCAAUACCAUCAAAGUUGAACUCGUUGUCAUGCAAACAGCACCACAUUACAAUUUAUUUGUUUUUAU